AUGUUCGGGCCCAAUUUUGAAGAAGGCGACCGCCUGCGCGGUCGCCAGCCUGGAGAUCCCGAAAUGGUUCUCGAGCUCCCCGAUGACGAUCCUCUCGCUUUCGACAACACGAUCCUUGUGCUCUACGGGGCCAAUCCCUCGACACAAGACUUUGACCCCGAAGAUAUCCAGAAGAUAUCGAUUCUUGUGGACAAAUACGAUUUGGUAUCGCGGUUUGCUUUCGCUUCAGUGUAUUGGUUUGCGAAGUAUGCUUGGGCAGACGACCCUGAAGAGACGUGGCAACUCACUACUGCCGCCUACUGGAUGCAAAACCCCGAUGCUUUCUUUACCUUUAGCAAGAAACUAGUCAAGCAGCUGCAGCCUUCUCACUUGAGCUAUGUCGCGGGAAUGCCCGACAAGGAGCUUGGGCUUCGACUUUGCUUGGCAAUCGAAGAACAACGUGUUCACAAGCUCGCGAACGAAGUUAAAGCAAAAGGUCUCUGUUUGUACUGUUUCGGCCGGGCUAAGCUUGGGUUUACUUCGCGUGUCAAGGGGUGUAAGAAUCGCAAAUACCACUGA